AAAAGCGAAGACUCAGAGAGUAUGUUGAGUAGCGAGAACAUUGCAUUAGAUGAAAAAACUUUAGAGGAGGAGUUACAGAAUGCAAUUGCUGAGGAGAAUUAUGCUAAAGCGGCAGAAAUAAGAGAUACUCUAAAAAGCCUUCAUAAAGAUAGCAAGACAGAAGUGCUUGGAGCAAACAACAAGUUUUAUAAUUCAUUCAGGAAUGGUGACCUUGCAGCUAUGCAAGCAAUGUGGGCGAAAAGGGACGAGGUAUGCUGUGUUCAUCCUGGUUUGAAAGGAAUUUCCGGUUACGAUGAUGUUAUUGAGAGCUGGAAUUUUGUAUGGGCUAACUAUGAAUUUCCCUCUCUGAUGAACUAACCCUCAAUCUCACAAACCCUCAAUCUCAUUAAACUCUCUUCAGUUCCCAACUACACAAAUCCACAAUCUAAGCCAACUCUUUUCUCAAUUGAACCCGAUUUUGUUCACGAACCCAUUCACCAAUCUUUCUCUACCUCAGAAUCUGUGUUCAACCUGCGUUCACUAAUAUUGUUGGAUCCGUGUUUCUCUUGAAUAGCUUCAAUCUCC